AUGCCAGCUGACGUUCCUAUUCCUUACGAGGCCAAAGGUGUCCCCAUUAUCGAGUUUGUCGAGCACAACCAGGCCAACUUCAAAACUGUCACUUGGAAAGUUCCCGACUCGGUGCAGUACAAGGGGAAAGUCAUCUACGUCCAUGGGUUUGCCGAAGACCUGAAUGUUUACACGGAACACUUUGACAACUUGUCGCAGAAUGGAUACGAGGUAUUUUUCUUUGACCAGAGAGGCGCGGGAGAAACGUCGCCUGGCAAAUUGGUUGGCCAAACCAACGAGUUUUACACGUUUGACGACUUGGAUUUCUUCAUUGACCGCAACUUCCAGGCUUUGCAAGAUAAGCAGGAAAAGUUUUAUCUCAUGGGCCACUCGAUGGGCGGAGGAAUAGUGCUCAACUACGGUAUCCGAGGCGUGCACAAGGAUAAAAUCAAGGCUAUUGUCGCGUGUGGACCAUUGAUCCUGCUCCAUCCCAAGACCAAGCCCAAUAUCGUGGCGAGAUUGGCGUUGCCCUGGCUCAGCAAAGUCGUGCCUUCGUUCACCAUGGACUCAAAAUUGGACUAUGACUACAUCACUUCAAACGAGCGUUGGAAGAAAUACAUCAUGGCGCACCAAAAGAAGUUGAUUGGAAGCUUGAGCCAGUUCAACGAUAUGUUCAAGAGAGGAACCGACUUGUUGGACCCAAGCUAUGCGCCAAAGUUUGAUCCAAGUAUUGCCGUGUUUAUUAUUCAUGGUUCCAGCGAUUACAUCAACGAUGUCAAUGGAAGCGAGCAAUUCUUUGGCUUGUUGCCGGAGAAUGUCAACAAGGUGUUUGACAAGAUCGACGGGGGAAGACACUCGUUGUUUGUUGAAAAUGACGAGAUGUACAAGUUGGUGUUGAAGAAAACCCUUGACUUUAUGAAUGCUUAUUGA